AUGUCAGGCUUUGAAGCGGUCGGGCUGGUUCUGGGUCUAUGGCCCAUUAUCGCAAGUCUUGUCAAAGGGUACAAGGCAACUAAGGAUGGAGAUGACCGGGAAUCAUUCCUUCUCAAGGUUGAUGUCCAGCAGAUCAUUUACGAACGCUGUGUGAGACAGCUCAUCGGAGAAAAUGAGGAAGGCAUUGACCUCAACUUCAAGAAUGCGGAAAUGAGGCAACUCGGCAUCUCAUUUUGGCAACGACCGUCCUUCCGAGUGAAGCUCCACGACCGUCUUGGUGCGAGAGACUUUGAGUUGAUGGAGUCUGUGUUAAAGCAGAUCGAAAAGACGAUGGAAAGCCUACGUAGCCAACUUGAAAGUGGCCAAGCAGAUCUUACCUCGACAGGCACGAGGCGACGCCGAAUGAGGCAUCACUUUCGUCAGAUGAGAAUCAACAUGCCGCACUCGGAAUUUCAGAACUCAUUCGAAAAGCUAAAAGAACACAACAAGGAUUUACAGCAGCUCGUUCAGGUCUUCGAACAGCCUCAAAACAUGUCCAAAUGGAAAUCUCCAACAUCAGUCAGGCAGCGACGAGCUUCAACCAUGAUGAGAACGAGACGCGUGGCACCAAAACAGAUAAAUGAAUUCUCCCGGGUUCUCGAAGAGAGCUAUCAUUGUACCUGUAGCGGUGGACACGAUGCGGGUCUCAACAUCAAUAGAGACGCUCAGUUUCAAGUGCAGUUCCAUGUCCAUGAUGAAAUCGGAAUGUCCUUUUCGGGAGCCUCCCUAGAGUCCCAACCUCCUACAACAUCGGAAAUUUCAGCCAUCAACAUGGGAACUGAAGAUGACUUGGAUAAAUCGGGACGGUGUAUAGCGCCGGAGAUUGUAGAUAAGAACGAUGCGAACACUCGGAGAUCGUAUCAAACAGUUGGUACACUUGGCCACGGCGAUAGACAUUUUGUAGCUCGCCAUAUAGAGCCAGCAAUAACAGACAACCAUGUGAUAUCACUCGACGAGAAGCUCCCAGAAACCGAGGAUUGGCUGCUGCCCCUCCAGAAGCGUGCCGAUAUUGCACAGAGGCUUGCUCUAGCUAUUGUGCAGUUUUGGUCAACACCUUGGAUUGACAGGUGGUGGACAUGGAGGGACUUCUCGGUCAAAGACGAUAAUUCCAGGGAAGUCCAACUAUUCGUGAAACGCACCAUCUUUGCGCCAACUUCCGAGGGAAGUUCAACCGGAAAGCCAGCAAGAAUCUGGCGAUUUCUUCGAGAACCACUACUUGUUCGACUAGGCUUUGCAUUGAUCGAGUUGGCGCUAGGCAUGAGACUAUCUCGAUGGAGAGAAUUACAUAAGUAUUGCAGCACAACUGGUGAGGGACUUGGAGAGGAUAGUCUGGAUGAGAGAGACUAUGAUACCGCUCUGACUAUUCUUGGGCGGAAGAUAUUGCAGGAGGAGAUCAGUGUGGCAUAUCAAGCUGUAGUAGAGGCAUGCCUGAAGUGCGAAGUCAUUCGGGAAACAGGUGCGAUUUCUCUCACAACGGCCGCGAAUUCUUUCUCCGAAGAUGUAGAGCGCGAGAUCUUGCAGCCGCUCUCGGACUACUUCGAAACUAAUUGGGGAGAUAUGAAGUUAGAUUAG